AUGUCGUUCCUAAACAAUCUGAAAAAGGUGUUCCACCUUGGCAGCGGGGAGGCGAAGAAGAAGCGCAUCUUCAACAACAUCCGGAUGGACACGGAUCCGAACGAUUUCUGGGAAAUGAUCGGCGAGCUGGGGGACGGUGCGUUCGGCAAGGUGUACAAGGCGCAGAGCAGAGAAACGAAGCAGCUGGCCGCGGCCAAGAUGUGCACGCUCGAGGACGAGGAAAACCUGAGCGAUCACAUGGUGGAGAUUGACAUCCUCUCGGAAAUCAAGCACCCGAACAUCGUCGGACUGUACGAGGCGUUCUCCAUCGACGAUAAGCUUUGGAUGCUGAUAGAAUAUUGUGAUGGCGGUGCCUUAGAUAGUAUUAUGGUGGAGCUCGAGAAACCACUGACCGAGGCGCAGAUCGCUUACGUGUGCAAGCACAUGUGCGCCGGACUGAACCAUUUACACAAAAACAAGGUGAUACACCGGGACUUGAAGGCCGGCAACGUGCUGCUCACGAUGGACGGUGGCGUCAAGCUAGCUGACUUCGGUGUGUCGGCUAAGAACAAGCACACGAUGCAGAAGCACGACACGUUCAUCGGCACCCCGUACUGGAUGGCACCGGAGCUGGUGCUGUGCGAAACGUUUCGCGACAAUCCGUACGACUUUAAGGUCGACAUCUGGUCGCUCGGUAUAACGCUGAUCGAGUUCGCUCAGAUGGAGCCACCGAACAGCGAGAUGUCACCGAUGCGGGUGCUGCUCAAGAUACAGAAAAGCGAUCCACCGAAGCUGGACCAGCCGUCGAAGUGGUCGAAACACUUUAACGACUUCCUGGCCCGCACCCUGGUGAAGGAUCCUCAGCAGAGGCCAUCGACGGAUGUACUUAUAGGGCUACCGUUUAUCAGCGGCAACCUGGACUCGAAACCCAUCAAAGACCUGCUCCUGGAGUACAAAGCGGACGUCGUUGAAGAGGAGUUGGUGGAUGAGGAGGCAGAGGAACCCCGCAACUCUGCCCUUCCGCUCGACUUGGACGAUGACUCGUCGUCGCUGCAAAGCCAAGAAACUGAUAAACUUCCAGACACACCAACGUCCCUUUCGAAAUCGUCCCGGGAUUCGAAGGAAUCCACUCCUGUUCCCGCUAGCGAAGAGGAUCCCUCCAAAUCGGCCAAAAGCGGGCUAACACCGGUGGCCGCCCCGGUACCGCCGCAGGAUCUCCAGCCAGCAACAGCCGCCGCCACGGUCCCGGGAGUUGUUUUUAAGAAGCCCCAAUCACCCGACGAUGAGCUGCCGCCACCACCACGACAGUUCUCUAAUCGUAGCAGCAACUCACCGCCACAAGCGGUAAACAUCCCCACGCCGGUGCUGCCCGUUGCAAACAGCACGACGAACGACGAGCAGCAAGCACCGGUGGAUGAGUCGGUCACUACCGUGCCCAGCGGCAGUGCUGGCGAGCGGAAGUCUUCGGUCGGCGCCGGAGGAGUCAGUGGUGGCGUCCGGAAAGGUCCCGCUCCUCCACCGCCACACACACCUACAUCACCAACGGCGAAGCAUCAACCGGUGGCGGCGGCAUCAACCCAACCAGCACCACCGCCAACGGUAUUGCCGGUAGCACUAGGUGGUGUCGGGGGUGCUUCCUCAGACAUUCCUAAGGGAAUGGCAGGAGGGACGCCUCUUACGCCACCGGAAACACCACAAACGCCACCGCCGGAAAGUGAAGCUUCCGGCGGUAGAGGCAAGGAUCGCCCCGAUGCGUCCGCCAACUUGAUUUCAUCGGUGGUACCAGCAUCGGUGUCGCGUGUAGACGAGCACUCGAAGUCGUCACCGCCACGCAAGGAGCACGCUCCGCCAACACCACCUGCCAAGGACGGUACCAAACCGUCACCUUCGUCACCGAUGGCGAAGCACCCUCAUCCUACGAACGUUGCCAUUCCACUGAUGAAUUCUUCCUCGACCACGUCCAUCACGAUCAACGAUGCGACCGUGCUGGCCGAUCCGUCGAACAGUCUGGCUAGUAACGUGGCGCAGGUAACGGUCGUCACCAGCCACCCGCCCGUCAUUAUCGACAACUCGAUACCGGGAGCAAUCGCCGUGACCUCUUCGCCCUCGGGUACCUCUUCGUCGGCUUCGUCGACCAAAUCGUUCGGAUCGUCGCAACGCCGAUCGGCCGCAGCGCAACGGCGAGCGGGCGAUGAGGUUGUGAUUGUAUCGAACGAGCUGAACAAAACGCACGUCAACGAGUCGUCCACCGACGACGACUUCCAGUCGCUCGACAGUCUCGAGAAUACGGUCGCUUCGCCCCGCUACCGCAAGCAGCAACCGAUACCGGCCGGGAGUACCCCUUCGGCUGCGAUUGCACGGAAGCUGGACGAAAGCGAAGUGCUGAUCGUAAGCCCCGGCUAUGUGGAGGAAACGGUGGCCCGGGCAAUGGAGGUGGCGCGCCGAAGGGGCGAAGAAGAGGGCGAUGAAGAGGACGAAGUAUUCAACGGAAGCAGUAGCGGUAUUCUCAAUAGCAGCAGCAGUAGCAACAAUAGCAAUAGCAAGUUGCUCCUGCUGGACACUAGUCAUGUUUCGGUCGUAACGGUGGGUGAGGAGGAGGUGAAGGUGAAGGACUCUUCCUCUCAGCCGCACCAUCCGCAGUUGCUCAACAACCAUCUGCACCAGCAGCAGCAACAGCAGCAACAGCAGCAUAAUUACAAUGAUUCUACCAGUGACCUGUCAAAUGUAAGCUGUGGUCCAAGUGAAUCGAGCGACGAUGUAAAGGUUGACAUCGUCCUGGGCCAUCCUGCUUCCACCGGUCGCCAGCAGCAGCAGCAGCAGCACCUUCAGCAACGAUCUCCCUCGGGAUCGUCGAUUUCUUUGCCCAGUCAAACGGGCAAGAUGGCGGCCGGUGCGGGUAUCGUGAAUGGAAAUCGUUUCAACGGUGCCGCCGGAGAGUUCCAUCAAAGCCGCGAGGAUGUCAGCAUCAUAGUGAAUAAGCGUAAGAUAGAAAAGCAACGGAUUUCCCCGGACAGCAGUGUGGGAUCGUUCGAUGGUGCCGGUGGGUCGGUUCGCUCCGCCAGUACCCCCAUUCACGGGACGGUGGUUGGUGGGGCAGCGGGUGCGCAUCAUCAGCGCACCGGAAGUGGCACCACUUCGAAGCAGCAGCUGCAGCACGAUCGGAGCGAUGCGGAAAGUAUCGCGACCACCACUAGUCACGAUAGUCGCGAGCAGGGUGCCGCAGAGUUGCUCGAGGAAGAGGUCACACUACGACGGAAGCAACUGCCGCCGGCUGCUGGUGAGCCGGACGAUGAUAAACUGGCCCCACUGCCGUCGGGUCUUACCGCAGGAUCGCCGAACACGGCCGCUCAAGCGGGCGUGACAAGCGCUGCAACCACCACCACCGGUGGUGCUGGCGGUGGUGCUGGCGCCGGAAGCGGCGGUGGCGCAGUGAGGCAGAAGGCAAACCGAACCAUCACCAAGGAGGAGUUGCAUCUGCAAAAUUUGAAGAAGAAAACGCGCAAACGGACGCGCAAGUUUGAAAUCGACGGCGUGCAGGUGACGACGACGACGAGCAAGGUGAUCUACAGCGAUGAGGACAGCAACAAGCUGUACGACGACCACCUGUUCCGGAAGCAGGAGUUGCGCGAGCUGAAGAUGCUGCAGAAGCAAGAAAAGAAGCAGUUCUACGAUCUGCAAGCGAAGGAAGCGAACGCCAAAGAGCAGCAGGAGAAAAAGUUCGAACAGGAGCGGGUACAGCUGGAGCGCACGUUCGAGGCGGACAUGGACGUGCUCGCCCGGCACCACCGGCAGACGGUGGAGAAGUUCGAGCAGCAGCAGGAAGCGGAACUUCGCAACACGUCCAAGAAAAUCCGGGCCGAGCAGGAGCGCGAGCUUAAGUUGUUCCGGGACGGUUUGAAGCAAGAGAUACGACUGCUCAAGCAGGAAGUGGAUCUGUUGCCGAAGGAGAAACGAAAAGACGAGUUCCGCAACCGCAAAACACAGAUGGAGUUCGAGCACGAGGAGCGCGAGAAGUCGUUUCUGUCGCGGCUGUCCGAGACUCAUGAAAUGGCGUUGCGCCGGAUCAGCGAAAUCUACCGGGAGAAGCUUUCGUCCACCGACAAGGGCCAUCUGCAGCAAAAGCAAACGGCGAUGAGGACGCGCGAAGCAAUGCUGUGGGAGCUAGAGGAAAAGCACAUUCACGAUAAACAUCAGCUAGCGAAACGGCACGUGAAAGACAUCUGCUUCAUGCAGCGCCAUCAGAUGAUAAUCCGACACGAGAAGGAACUGGACCAGAUCAAGCGCAUGAUUACGCGUAAGGAGGAGGAACUGGUAAAGAGACAAACGAUCGAGAGGCGAGCCCUGCCAAAGAGAAUACGCGCCGAGCGGAAGGCACGCGACAUGAUGUUCCGCGAAUCGUUGCGCAUAUCGAUGACCACCGAUCCGGAGGUGGAGCGUGACAAGCUGAAAAAGUUUCAAGAACAGGAGAAGAAACGGUACACCCAAGAGCAGUUGCGCUUCGAAACUAAGCACAGCAAACAGCUGGAAGAGCUACGAGCUACCUCCGAGGGUUCAAUCAGAGAGUUGGAGCAGCUUCAGAAUGAGAAACGAAAGCAGCUACUGGAGCACGAAACGGCCAAACUGCGCGAGUGCGAUGAAGCGCUACAGAAAGACCUGCGCGAGUGGAAGGGACAGCUCAUGCCCCGGAAACAGGCCGUCGAGCGCGAGCUGAACCGAAUGGUGGACGAGUACGAGGCGGCCUGGGGCGGCCCGGUGGAUCGGCGCGAAUUCGACGGUGACUUUAUCGUGCCGCCCGAGCUCCGCAAUCGCGCCAACUCGCUCAACACCCGGUCCCUGCGGCUGCUCAACAUUACCCGGUCCCGUACGUUCCUAACGCUUCCCAACGUGCCCAACGGUAGUAGUCGCAGCACCAUACACGGCUCGGUGCCGGAUCUGAGCCGCUCCGUACCGAACACGCCCAACUCGGGCCACAAGCUUUCGCUGGCCUCGUCCUACGACUCGGUGCUGGAGGAGAACGAAAGCGAAAACCAUCCCCCCGGUGGGGCUGGCGGCAGUGGUGGUGGUCCUGUUGGUGGUGGUCCUGUUGGUGGUGGUGUCAUGCAUGGUGCUCACGGCAGCUACCAAUACGCGGUCAAGUACGUGCACACCAACGACGACGGUGUUGGCGGUGGUGUUCAUUUGCGGCGCAAGUCGGAAGACAUACUGUCGUCCGGCAAGCGUACUCGAAUUCCGAUCAAAAGUUUUCUUCAUUCGACUGCCGGAAGUAGUAGCUCGGCAGCGUCCACGUACGGGCUUGCGGCGGGGCCACAGGCGCGCAGUGGUGGCCCAUCCUCUAACUACAGCGCGUCGCAAAGCCGACUUACGGAGCCGAAGGAUCGUGGUAUGGUUUCGAUUCGCCUGAACUCGACGGCGGCCUCGACCUCGUCGACGCCACCAUCGCGGAAACCGAUUAACAUUUUCGACGGCAUGACGAACCGCUCGAACAUCCCGCAGUACCUUACUGGAUCGGGCAUGGUCACGACGACGAUGCCCCGCAGUAGCGUGGGUUGGGGCCCGAGUCGGCUGGGGGAGAACUCGUUCACCGCGUCCGAUGCGAACCUCAAUCACCGGUUGACCACGUUCAGUUCGGCCCGCGGAGGUCUUCCGUUGCCGGCGGCAGCGGUGCCCACUGGGGGUACCAUGCCCGGGCGCAAAUCCGGCCCGCCCGGGGGUUUGAAGCUGUCUCCCUCGACACCGGUACUGCUGGCACCGAGCAAGGAUGAUGAUACGAACGUUUAAACGAGGCCACCAGUGGAGCAUCCAUCCCCAUUGUCCUUUUUCUCGCUUUCUCUAUUCCCGUCUUGCUCCUUAUUCCUUUACGCCAAACAAGCAACGCUUCAUCGAUCGAUGGACAUCCGAUGGCCGAUGGUGGUGCU